AUGCCCGUGACCUUCGAGGAGGUGGCUGUGUAUUUCACCAAGGGGGAAUGGGCGCUGUUGGACCUGGGUCAGAGAGCCCUGUACAGGGACGUCAUGCAGGAGAAUUACAGGAAUGUGACCUCACUGGGUUUUCCAAUUCCCAAGCCCAGCGUGAUCUCCCAGCUGGACCAAGCGGAAGAGCCGUGGGUCCUUUAUCUCCAGGGGUCCCAGGCUAGAGAGAUCCAGAGAAACAUCCCCAGAGGUGAUGAAAUCUUAAGUGAAAGCAACAAAGAGAAUCCUUAUUCAGAAAGUCCUGAGCGAAUGGAAGCAAAGGGGUCGUUGCUGGGAAGGUGUGAAGGGGAUGAUUCCCAGAUUUCUGGGCAGGGACAAGCCCAAGAAACUCAGUGCAGGCCAGAGAAGCAGCAGGGAAACCCACCAGGGAAGACACUGGGUGAAUCCACUCACAGCGUGGGAGGUUUGGAGGAUUGUAAUGAGGCCAUGACCCAGCCGAGAACCUGCACUAAGGAGAAGUGGUUCGAAUGUGCUGAGUGCUGGAGAAGCUUCAAGUGCAGUUCAAACCUUAUAAGACACCAGAGGGUCCACACAGGCGACAGACCCUACAACUGCCCUGAGUGCAGAAAAAGCUUCAAUUGUAAAUCCCACCUUAUUAGACAUCAGAGAUCUCACACGGGAGAGACCCCCUAUAACUGCCCUGAGUGUGGGAAACAAUUCAAUGACCACUCCAACCUUAUUAGACAUCAGCGAACCCACACAGGAGAGAAACCCUAUAAGUGCACUGACUGCAGGAAAAGCUUCAGGGACAGCUCAGGCCUUCUUGCACAUCAGAGGGUCCACACAGGAGAGAAAUGCCAUAAAUGCCCGGACUGUGGAGAAACCUUCACUCAGCGCUCGCAUGUGACUAGACAUCGGAGGAUUCACACGGGCGAGAGACCCUAUGGAUGCCCCGAUUGUGGAGAAAGUUUCUCUUGCACCUCCGACCUUAUUGUACAUGAGAGAGUCCACACUGGAGAGAAACCCUAUAGCUGCCCUGACUGUGGGAAAAGCUUCAGCCAGAGCCCUAACCUCAUUGUCCACCGGAGAAUCCACAUGGGAGAGAGACCUUAUAACUGCCCUGACUGCAGGAAAAGUUUCAGUCGUAAAUCUAACCUCAUUAGACAUCAGAGAAUGCACACGGGUGAGUGCCCCUAUGAAUGUUCCGUGUGUGGGAAAAGCUUCAACCAGAGAUCAAACCUGAUUGUACAUCAGAGAGUUCACACAGGAGAGAGACCUUAUAGCUGCCCUGACUGCAGGAAAAGCUUCAAGCAGAGUUCAGACCUUCUUCGACAUCAAAGAAUUCACACAGGAGAGAGGCCCUACCGAUGUCCCAUCUGUGGGAAAAGCUUCAAUCAGAGCUCAGAACUUAGUAAACAUCAGAGAACCCACACGGGAGAGAAACCCUAUAAGUGCCCUGAGUGCGGGAAAAACUUCAAUCAGAGCUCAGAACUUGUUAAACAUCAGAGAAUUCACACAGGAGAGAGACCCUAUAGGUGCUUGGACUGUGGAGAAACCUUUAGCCAGAGCUCACACCUUAUUGUGCAUCAGAGAAUCCACACGGGGGAGAGACCCUAUAAGUGCCCCAAGUGUGGAGAAAAAAGAUUCAGUCAGGUCUCAGCCCUUAUUACACAUGAGAGAAUCCACUCCGGAGAGAGACCCUAUAAAUGCCCGGACUGCGGGAAAAGCUUCACGCAGAGCUCAGCCCUAAUUAGACAUCAGAGAACCCACAUGGGAGAGACACCCUAUAAAUGCCUAGACUGUGGGAAAAGCUUCAAGGUGAAGGUCUCUCUAAUGUCCCACCAGAAACUGCACACAGGAUAG